AUGUCAGACUUUUUGGAAAAUGAAGCUGAAGAGUCAGAAAGAAGUAGCUCAGAAGAUGAUGAUGAUAUGUCAAGGAAAAUUAAACCUAAGAAACAAGAAAAAAAGAAGAAAAAAGCCAGAAUUGAUGAUGAUGAUGAAAAUGAUGAUGACGAAGAAUUGAUAGAGGAGAUGAAAGAUUUUAUCAAUGAAGAUGUUGAAGAUGAUGAAGAAGGUAGUGGUGAAGAAGAAGGAGAAGGAAAGAGAAAACAUGAAGAUUCAGAUAUUGAUGAUCAGCUAGAAGAUGAUGAUUAUGAUUUACUGGAAGAAAAUCUGGGUAUUAAAGUUAAAAGAAAGGCAAAGCGUAAACGUAUCCGUGUAAUGUCAGAAGAUGAAGACAGUGAUAAAGAAGAAGCUGAAGCUGGAACAGGAGGUAAACAAGCUAUAGAAGAUCAGCUGUUUGAAGGUAUUGAAGAGGAAGGAGAAGAUGAUGCUAGAUCUGUAGCUACAGCUAGAGAAGCUACUGAGGGGAAUGAUUUUGGUGAUUUAGAUGAAGAGGAAGAAUCAGAUAUUGAUGAUUUUAUUGUGGAUGAUGAAGGAAGACCUAUUAGUAAAGGAAAGAAGAAGAAACACAUAAUUCAUAGUGACAGAGCGUUACAAGAAGCUCAAGAUAUAUUUGGUGUAGAUUUUGAUAUUGAGGAGUUUGCUGAUUAUGAUGGUGAGAGUGAUGAAGAAGAUAUAGAUGAAGAGUAUGAAGAAGAGGAUGAAGAUGGAGUUGCCAGACCGAAAUCUAAAAAACAAUCACGGGGACGUAAAACUAAGAAAACUAUUUAUGAUGUUUUUGAGCCAAGUGAGUUAGAGAGAGGACAUUUUACAGACUUAGAUAAUGAAAUUAAAACUGCUGAUAUGCCAGAAAGAUUUCAGUUACGUCAAGUACCUGUUUUAUCAGCUGAAGAACCAGAAUUAGAAGAAGAAGCUGAAUGGAUUUAUAAACAAGCUUUCUGUACUAAACCAGUUUCAACACAAACAUUACUAGAACAAGAUAAAGGAAAUGACUUUAAUUUUGAUCGUAGAAAGGGUCCAGAAGUAACCAAUAAGAUUAAGAAAGCUAUAGAUUUUAUGCGAAACCAAAGAUUGGAGGUACCAUUCAUAGCUUUCUAUAGAAGAGAAUAUGUGGAACCAGAGCUGAAUUUUGCAGAUUUAUGGAAAGUCUGGAAUUGGGAUGAAAAGUGGACACAGUUAUCUCAGAGAAAGAAGAAUUUAGUCCGAUUGUUUGAAAAGAUGCAGAAUUUUCAAUAUGAAGUCAAUUCUGAUGUAGAAAAAGUCUUGGCUUCAUCAUUUAGAAAUUUAACUGAAGAUGAUAUUGAAAAGGUACGUAAAGUACAAUCUAUAGAAGAACUGAGAGAUGUCUAUCAACAUUUCUUACUAUAUUACGGUAGUGAAAUACCUAAAAUGAGAAAUGCUGAGAAAAAGAAGCAGACACAGGAAGAAAUGGAGAAGACUGGAGAUGAACCAGAAGAAAAUAAUGAUAGUAUCAAACAAGCCUCUAGAAAGAGUGGUUAUUCUAUUUGUCAAGAUUCUAAAUUAGAUGAAGUAGCCAGAAGAUUUGGUUUAACACCAGAACAAUUUGGUGAAAAUUUACGAGAUAAUUAUCAAAGACAUGAUGUAGAACAGUGUCCUGUUGAACCACUAGAAUUAGCUAAAGAUUAUGUCAAUAGACAAUUUCCAACAGAAGAAGAUGUAUUAAUGGGCGCUAGACAUAUGGUUGCCAUGCAGAUAUCACAUGACCCAGCAGUUCGUAAAUCAGUCAGACAGACAUUUGAGGAGAGAGCUAAGAUUAAAGUUGUUCCCACCAAGAAAGGCAUGAAGGAAAUAGACGAAGCUCACUGUUGUUAUCCUAUGAAAUAUUUAAAAAAUAAACCAGUCAAAGAUUUGAAAGAUGAUCAAUAUCUGAAGUUACAUUUGGCUGAAGAAGAAGGCUUACUGACUAUCUCUAUUAUGAUAGAUGAAGAUGGGUUAACAUCAUCAACAUAUUUUGAAGAAGUCAGACAGUUAUUUCACAGAGACGAAUUCAGUCAUCUUGUACAGCAAUGGAACACACAGAGAAGUGAAGCUUUAAAAAGGGCAUUAACUAAGAUAUUGUAUCCUCAAAUGGAAAAAGAAUUACGAAUGACUUUAUUGGCUGAAAGUAAAGAAGGAAUUAAAAAGAGUUGUGCACGUAAGUUGUACUGGUGGUUAAAGGUAGCACCAUAUCAAUGUGAUCAACUGUUAUAUGAAGAUGAUUAUUAUGAUACUGAUGGUCUCAGAGUAAUGGGGGUUGGUUAUUCUUUAGAAAAGAUUGAUAAUAAAGAUCCCUCAUCAUUCUGUGCUCUAAUUGAUGGAGAUGGUGAAGUGACAGAUUAUUUAAGAUUAACACAUCUUACUACUAGGAUUAAAUCAUGGAGACAACAAGACAGAGAAGGAAAGGUCACAGAUCUAGAGAAAUUAAAGGAAUUUAUAUCUAAUAAAAAACCUCAUGUUAUAGCUGUCACUGGAGAAUCAAGAGAGGCAUUAAUGAUAGUAGAUGAUUUAAAGAAGAUUAUUACUACAUUAGAAGAAGAAGAACAGUUACCACCUAUUAGUGUGGAAUUAAUGGAUAAUGAAUUGGCUCUAGUCUAUGAAAAUACCAAUAAAGCUGCUCAUGAUUUCCGAGAAUAUCCACCAGUAUUAAGGCAUGCUAUAUCAUUAGCUAGAAGACUACAAGAUCCAUUGAUAGAGUUUGCUCAGCUAUGUAAUGCAGAUGAUGAUAUCUUAUGUUUGAAAUACCAUACAUAUCAGAAUGAAAUAAAUAAAGAUGAACUACGUGAAGCUCUAUAUCUAGAGCUAGUUAACAGAGUCAAUGAAUGUGGUGUAGAUGUAAACAGGGCUCUAGCUCAUCCUCAUACAGCUUGUUUAACACAAUUUAUUUGUGGUCUGGGUCCUAGAAAAGGCUCACAGUUGAUAAAGAUAUUAAAACAGAAUAACAGUAGAUUAGAAAAUAGAACUCAGCUGGUAUCAUUAUGUCAUAUGGGACCUAAAGUUUUUAUUAACUGUGCUGGUUUUAUUAAAAUAGACACCAAUAGUUUAGGACACAGUACUGACACUUUUGUGGAUGCAUUAGAUGGUUCUCGUGUUCACCCUGAAGCUUAUGAAUGGGCUCGUAAGAUGGCAGUAGAUGCUUUAGAAUAUGAUGAUUCUUCAGAGGAUGCUAAUCCUGCUGGGGCACUGGAAGAAAUCUUGGAAAGACCAGAGAGUUUAAAAGAAUUAGAUUUGAAUGCCUUUGCUGUUGAGUUGGAACGACAGGGUUAUGGAGAUAAACGUAUUACACUUUAUGACAUUAGAGCAGAAUUAAAUCAUAGAUAUAAAGAAUUACGUAGUCCAUACCGUCCUGCAUCUGUUGAGGAGAGAUUUAAUAUGAUCACCAAAGAAACUCCUGAUACAUUUUAUGUUGGAAAGUUAGUAAUGGCUGCAGUAACUGGUAUUGCUCAUAAAAAACCACAAGGUGAACAGUUAGAUAAUGCUAAUCCUGUACGAGAUGAUGAAACUGGUUUAUGGUCUUGUCCAUUCUGUAAACAAAAUGAUUUCCAAGAACUUAGUAAUGUAUGGAGUCAUUUUGAUGCUGGUAAUUGUCCAGGAUCAGCUAUGGGUGUAAAAUGUCGGCUAGAUAAUUCAGUGACAGGUUUUAUACCCACUAAGAUGAUCAGUGACAAGAGAGUCACAAACCCAGAAGAACGAGUACAGCCUGGAAUGACAAUACAUUGUAGAAUAACUAAAAUAGAUAUAGAAAGAUUUCAAGUUGAUUUAACUUGUAAAUCAUCAGAUUUAGCUGAUAAAGACGGCAAUUGGAAACCAAAGAAAGAUCUGUAUUAUGAUUUUGAUUUGGAGAAAGAUCAGUCUGAAAAAGAAGAAGAAAAAAAGAAACAAAAGGCUAGACAAACUUAUAUUAAACGAGUUAUUGUUCAUCCUUCCUUCCACAAUAUAAGUUAUGCUGAAUGUGAGAAAUUAAUGGCUAAUGUAGAACAGGGUGAAGUUAUGAUACGACCAAGUAGUAAGGGUGCUGAUCAUUUAACAGUUACAUGGAAGGUAGCUGAUGGUAUAUUACAACAUAUAGAUGUACGGGAAGAAGGCAAAGAAAACGCAUUUAGUUUAGGAAGAUCAUUGUUAAUAGGAAAUGAGGAAUUUGAAGAUCUGGAUGAAAUUAUCGCCCGACAUGUUCAACCAAUGGCAGCUCUGGCCAGAGAUAUUCUCGGCUUCAGAUAUUACAGAGAUUCAGAAGGUGGCAAAAGAGAAAUCUUAGAAAAAUUAUUAGUUGUUGAAAAGAGGAAAGGUCCUUCAAGAAUUCCCUAUUAUUUAAGUGCAUCGAAAGCAUAUCCUGGUAAAUUUCUGUUAUCUUACAUGCCUCGUAAUAAACCACGUCAUGAAUAUAUCUCUAUCAAUCCUGAUGGUUUACGAUAUAGAAUAACUAAUUUUCAUUCCCUCAACUCAGUUGUACGAUGGUUUAAAGAACAUUUCCGUGACCCUAUACCAGGUAAGGUGGUAAUUACUAUUUCUAUAUUGAGAGGGCAGUGA